AUGUCUGAGGCAAGGACUGUUAAAUGUGGCAUACCUCAAGGUUCAAACCUAGGCCCACUGCUGUUCUUGCUUUAUAUAAAUGACCUACCAAAUUGUCUGAGUCUGUCUUCAGCAAGCAUGUUUGCUGAUGACACAAACAUUUCAACUCACUGUGAUACUGGCAAUGAAAUACAAGAACGCUUAAACGCAGACUUAGAAAAUGUGCAUCAAUGGCUACUUGCAAACAAACUUACACUCAACAAACAAAAAACUGAAUAUAUGAUUAUCGGCUCACGACAACGUAUAUCAAAUAAAAUAGGGGAUCCUAAAAUUGAACUCG